AUGUCAACGAGGCAGCCUUCACGUUCGGUGUUUGUGGGCAACAUUCCCUACGGUUUGACUGAAGAGCAAAUAAUCGAGCUGUUCAGCGGCGCCGGCAGGGUGCUCAGUUUCCGACUUGUCAACGACCGGGAAACGGGACGGCCGAAAGGGUUUGGCUUUGCUGAAUAUGCCGAUUAUGACUCUGCGGCCUCGGCAGUCCGAAAUUUAAACGACUACGAAAUCAUGGGUCGCAAACUCCGUGUAGACUUCAGCAACGAGAGUGUUAGCGAUGAGGAUGGCCGCGAUCGUGAUGGCGGGGCGAACCAAGGCGCUCAAGCUGGCGGAUACCAGAAGUACAACAACGCCAACGGCAGCACUUCCGCAAUGCCACCAGCAGGAGGAGGUGCGGCGUCUCUCCCGCCUCUUCCCCAGGGUAAGGACCUGCCUCCGGGAGUAACCUGCGCAGACGCCAUCUCGCGUACCCUGAACACCCUUCCUCCUGCCCAGCUACUCGAUAUCCUCCAGCAAAUGAAGGCUCUCGCGACGGGGGACCCAGCUCGCGCCACCGAAUUGCUCAAUCAGGCGCCCCAGCUGGGCUAUGCCAUCUUCCAGGCGCUCCUAAUCAUGGGUCUGGUGUCGCCAGACGCAAUCAACUCUGUCCUGGAGACGGGCAGCGCUGCGCCUGCCGCUCCACCCGCAGGGGUUGCACCUUACGGAGGGGCAUACCCUGGCCUAACGGGCACUCCGCCUGUGCCGGCCGCAGGACCGGGCGCUUACGUAGCACCUGCACCUGUGGCUGCCGCAGCCCCGGCUGCUGCUCCCCCGGCCCAAGAUCCCGAGGCCCUCAUGCGAGCAGUCAUGGAGCUGCCGCAGUCGACGAUCGACCAGCUGCCCGAAUUGGAGAGGCAGCAGAUCAUGGCGCUCAGGGCGAGCUACGAGGCGCAGACGCGGCGAUAA